UUCGUUCUAACACCAAAGCAAAGAAAAGUAAGAGUUUCUUAAGCAUAAAGAGGCGAAGGUCCAAUGUCUUCUCUACGUGAUGGAACCCUCUGUUCUAGAAAGAGAUAUCAGAUGAACGUCAACGGAGAAUCGUUUCAUGGUUCCUUCAAAAGGAUCAAACAAGGAGAUCAGACACAGGCCCAACUUGAGAAGAACACUACUAUGUUCUAUCAGAGAUCAAAGUCAGAGAACGCCAGGUUGAUGAAGCCUGAUGUUCAGCUUCAUCUAGACACUAAGGGCCAUUCAGAGUCAUUUGAAGAUCGUAGGACUUACUUGGACCUUGAGCUAAAUCUUUCUUUAUCAGCAAGUUCGACAGUAAAAGCAAUCAUGAAGAAAGACGCGUGUUCAAAAGGAAAAACUUUGAUCAUGACACCAAGUAAUAAAGGAAAACCAGGUGAUAUAAGGCUAAGUCGAUCCCCGUCUUGGCUAGCGUUUGAAGGCGAUGAUGAUAAUGAUGAUGACAAGAAGCAAGAGAUGGUAACAACGGUGUGCAUGAAGUGUCACAUGCUAGUUAUGCUCUGCAAAUCAACUCUCGUGUGUCCUAACUGCAAGUUCAUACACCCUGAUGAUCACAGUUCCACAAAACUUUUUAAGCCGUUGAGUUUGUUUAAGCUUUUAUGCUAGGGUUCGCCUUUAAAGGGUAUGUAUGUUGAUUCGAUGUAAUGGGUCCAAGAAUUAAUGUGAAACUAGAUAUGUAUUAUGUAUGUAUAUACAAGUAAUGAUAAGUAUUAUCGUGUUCUUAUA